UGUAAUACCUGCACUGGGAGGCUGAAGUCAAGGAGGAUCAUGAGUUCAAGGCCAGCCUGGGCUAUGUAGCAAGUCCCAGAACAGCCCAGACCACCUAGUGAGACCCUGUAUGAAGGCAGCAAGGUCCAGGGAGAAAAGCUCGGUGAUAAAGCUGCCUCACAGCAGCAGCACCCUGGUGUUGGCUCCGGGCGCGGCAGGCAUGUUUCAGGGCGUCAGUAUGUGAAUGCAUUCCUCAGCGUCUCCCCUGUGCCUCUCUGACCAGGUCCUCCCGCCUAGAUGGAUUACACCCUGGAGCCCAACGUCACAAUAACCGACUACUACCCCGACCUCUUCACCACCCCCUGCGACCCAGAGCUCAUUCUGGGACGCGGCACGCUGACCCUGGCCGUCCUGUACUGCGUCCUGUUCGUGCUGGGCCUCCUGGGAAACAGCCUGGUCGUGCUGGUCCUGGUGGCCUGCAAGAAACUGCGGAGCAUCACAGACGUCUACCUCCUGAACCUGGCCGUCUCCGACCUGCUCUUCGUGUUCUCCUUCCCGUUCCAGACCCACCACCUGCUGGACCAGUGGGUGUUCGGGACCGCGGCGUGCAAGGUGGUGUCCGGCUUGUACUACGUGGGCUUUUUCAGCAGCAUGUUCUUCGUCACCCUCAUGAGCGUGGACAGGUACCUGGCCAUCGUGCACGCGGUCCAUGCCAUGAGGGUGAGGACGGCCAGGGUGGGCGCGGCCCUGAGCCUGGCGGCGUGGCUGGUCGCCGUGGCGGCCGCCGCCCCGCUGCUGGUGUUCUACCGAGUGUCCCCCGAGGACGGCCUCCUGCAGUGCUUCCUGUUCUUCAGGGAGGAGUCCCUGCGCUGGAAGCUCUUCGCCCACUUGGAGGUGAACGUGCUGGGCCUCCUGCUGCCCUUCGCCGUCCUUCUGUUCUGCUACGCCAGGAUCCUGCGCCAGCUGCGGGGCUGCGUGACGCGCAACCGGACCAGGGCCAUCAAGCUGGUGCUGGCCGUGGUGGCCGCGGCCCUGCUCUUCUGGGUCCCCUUCAACGUGGCGCUCUUCCUCCAGUCCCUGCACGACAUGCGCGUCCUGGGAGGCUGCGCCGUGAGGCAGAGGCUGGCCCUGGCCACCCACGUCACGGAAGUCAUCUCUCUCGCACACUGCUGCGUGAACCCUGUCAUCUACGCGUUCGUAGGGGAGAGGUUCAAGAAGCACCUCGCGGACGUGUUUCAGAAGAGCUGCAGCCACGCCCUCCUCCAGCUGGGGCUGCGGGUGCCCGCGGGGCCGUGGGAGGGGCCCCCGUCCUCGCAGCAGCGCUCUUCCCCCUCCUCCACCCAGAACUGCAUCUUGUAG